CAGGAGGUGUUGAGGCCACCCCAGUGGUGGCACCAGAGCACUCCAGGGUAGCAGACCCGGGGCCUUCCCUCCCAACCGCGUUGUUCAUGGAUUUUGUCGCUGGAGCUGUGGGAGGUGUCUGCGGUGUCGCUGUGGGCUACCCCCUGGACACGGUGAAGGUCAGGAUCCAGACGGAGCCAAAGUACACGGGCAUCUGGCACUGUGUCCGGGACACAUAUCGCCAAGAGCGGGUGUGGGGCUUCUACAGGGGCCUCUCGCUGCCCGUGUGCACCGUGUCCCUGGUUUCGUCUGUGUCUUUCGGCACCUACCGCCACUGCCUGGCACACAUCUGCCGCUUCCGGUACGGCAGCGCCGAGGCCAAGCCCGCCAAGGCCGACAUCACGCUCUCAGGAUGCGCCUCUGGCCUCGUCCGCGUGUUCCUGACGUCACCCACUGAGGUGGCUAAGGUGCGCCUGCAGACGCAGACGCAGCGGCGGCCCUCGGCCUCGGGGCCCUCUGCUGCGCCCCCGCUGUGCCCUGCGCCUCCUGCUGCAUGUCCGGUGCCCACGUACCGCGGGCCGCUGCACUGCCUGGCCACGGUGGCCCGUGAGGAGGGGCUGCGCGGCCUCUACAAAGGCAGCUCGGCCCUGAUGUUCCGGGAUGGCCACUCCUUCGCCACCUACUUCCUCUCCUAUGCCAUCCUCUGCGAGUGGCUCACCCCCACUGGCCACAGCCAGCCAGAUGUCCUGGGUGUGCUGGUGGCCGGAGGCUGUGCAGGGGCCCUGGCCUGGGCUGUGGCCACCCCCAUGGACGUGAUCAAGUCGCGCCUGCAGGCGGACGGGCAGGGCCAGCAGCGCUACCGGGGCCUCCUGCACUGUGUGGUGACCAGUGUGCGGGAAGAGGGGCUGCGGGUCCUUUUCAAAGGGCUGGCGCUCAACUGCUGCCGUGCCUUCCCUGUCAACAUGGUGGUCUUUGUCACCUAUGAGGCUGUGCUGAGGCUCACCCGGGACCUGCUCACAUAGCUCGUCCCGAUACCCAGCAGCCAACCUGCCAGCAGCUGCCAGAGGUCGUAGCAGCUGGAGGAGGCAAAGGGGAGUGUUGCUGGGGUCGGGCUCUCACAGGGCCACCAACCAGGACUGCUGGGAGCCUCCCUGUGCCGGUCAGCCAAGGCCUGAGCUUGGCCUGCCCAGCCACUGACCACAAGAAGGUCCAGGGGCUGAUCUGCCUUCACCGCAGGGUGGCCUUAGGGUCACACGAGCCAGGGAGAAGCAGGCCUCUGUUACUCGCGAGUCAUGUGCAGUCGGUCGUCAUUUGGUCAGUUGUCCGUUCCGGCUUCCCUAUGGCCUCUGUCCUGAUCCACGCCUUCGGAACAGCCCUCCAUUGGCCCAGCCACCCUCCACCCUGUCCCAUCUUCCUGCCCCCACUGCCAUUUCUCCCACGCUCUUCACACACUGUCCCCUCAGAGGUAGGCGCCGCUGCUCUCCGCACCAGCCUGGGGCUGCGGUGAGCCCGAGCCGGGCUGGCACCAUGUGUGGCUCCAGGCCCGGCUUGUUCUCUGCACCAGGCUACGCCGAGGGGACACUGCCAGGACAGCCGUGCCACCUGGGCUUUGGCUCUGGCAGGGGCCUGGGGUCACGGUCCUUGCCCGGGAAUGUAGUGCACCCUCGCUGCUCGCAGCCUCGCUCUGCCUGCAGAUGCCGCACCUGCCCGUGAAGACCCCAAAGGCCCCUUCCGAGCUGUUGUCAAUAAAAGGUUUCUGAGGCGGC